AUGAAAACUUAGAUAAAGUGUAAAAAAGUCUUUCUAAAAUUAUUGGAGAAAAAGGUAUGUAUUUAUAUUUAAGUCAAGGUUUCAGAUUUAGAUUAAUAAAUUUCUGAAUAGAAGAAAACUACUCUUCAAUCCUUUGAAUAUUUAACUUAGAUUUUUACAAUCACAUCCCAUUUAAAUAGUAUGGUAAUAGGGAAUACGAUGGCAAUUGAUUAAAUAAUGGAAUACUCAUCAUCUGAUUAAAGACAAUUGAUUUUAGACUCAUAUAUUGUAAGUAUCCAAAUAAAUACAGAUGAGAUAUGGUAUAUUUGGAAUUAAGAGAAGAGAUUAAUUUAAAUAAGCAGUAAAAAAUAUAUUUAAAAAACUUUUUAAAGGGCAAUUAUGGUUUGCUACUUAUGAGUUGGAAUAAAAACAUAAAUAAUUGUAAUAGACAGUGACCUAUUUGUAGAUGAUCAUGAAUUUAAUAAUUAUGUGGAAAUACUAAAUGAAGAGGCAAAGUUAGAAGCUCCCAUUUCUUAGCACUAAGUAGAAUUUGCAUUGACUGUUUAGCUAAUCCAGCAUUUGGUCUAGGAAUACAUUUACUUGUAGCAUAUAUAACACAAUUAAAAUUAAAAUAAGUCGAACACCCAUUUUGAGUUAUGCCAUCUUUAAGAGUUACUUUAUGAGCAUUUUCACAUUUAAUAUCUAUU